GGGGGCGGCGGGAGCGGCGUGCCUUCCGCGCGGCCGCGAUGCUGAGCUCCCGGGCCCAGGAGGCGAUGAGCGCGGCCGACAGGGCCCUCCAGCGCUUCCUGCGGACCGGGGCGGCCGUCAGGUAUAAAGUCAUGAAGAACUGGGGUGUGAUAGGUGGACUCGCCGCUGCUCUUGCAGCAGGAAUAUAUGUUAUUUGGGGUCCCAUCACAGAAAGAAAGAAGCGUAGAAAAGGGCUUGUGCCUGGCCUUGUGAACUUGGGGAACACCUGCUUCAUGAACUCCCUGCUGCAAGGCCUGUCUGCCUGCCCCGCCUUCAUCCGGUGGCUGGAAGAAUUCACCACGCAGUACACCGGGGAUCAGAAGGAGCGCCCCCCACACCAGUAUUUAUCCUUGACACUGUUGCACCUCCUGAAAGCUCUAUCCUGCCAAGAAGUUACUGAUGAUGAGGUCUUGGAUGCAAGCUGCCUGUUGGACGUCUUAAGGAUGUACAGAUGGCAGAUCUCUUCCUUUGAAGAGCAGGAUGCUCACGAGUUAUUCCACGUCAUUACCUCGUCACUGGAAGAUGAGCGGGACCGCCAGCCCCGGGUCACACAUUUGUUUGACGUGCAUUCCCUGGAGCAGCAGCCGGAAGUCACUCCCACACAGAUAACCUGCCGCACAAGAGGGGCACCUCAUCCCACAUCCAAUCACUGGAAAUCUCAGCAUCCUUUUCAUGGGAGACUUACUAGUAACAUGGUCUGCAAACACUGUGAACACCAGAGUCCUGUUCGAUUCGAUACCUUCGAUAGCCUUUCACUAAGUAUUCCAGCUGCCACCUGGGGUCAUCCCCUGACCCUGGACCACUGCCUCCACCACUUCAUCUCAUCAGAAUCCGUGCGGGAUGUUGUGUGUGACAACUGCACAAAGAUUGAAGCCAAAGGGACGUUGAAUGGGGAGAAGGUGGAACACCAGAGGACCACUUUCGUUAAGCAGUUAAAACUAGGGAAGCUCCCUCAGUGUCUGUGCAUCCACCUGCAGCGGCUGAGCUGGUCCAGCCACGGCACGCCCCUGAAGCGGCACGAGCAUGUGCAGUUCAACGAGUUCCUGAUGAUGGACAUCUACAAGUACCGCCUUCUUGGACAUAAACCUGGUCAACACAGUCCUAAACUGAAGGAGAAGGCAAGGCCUGCGCUGGACCUGCAGGACGGGCCGGCAGCCCCCAAAUCAGUUCUGAAUCAGCCAGGGGGCCCCAAAACCCAAAUUUUUAUGAAUGGUGCCUGCUCCCCAUCUUUGUUGCCCACCCUGCCAGCCCCAAUGCCCUUCCCCCUCCCGGUGGUUCCGGACUACAGCUCCUCCACGUACCUCUUCCGGCUGAUGGCGGUUGUCGUCCACCAUGGAGACAUGCACUCCGGACACUUCGUGACUUACCGACGGUCCCCACCUUCGGCCAAGAACCCCCUCUCAACCAGCAACCAGUGGCUGUGGAUUUCCGACGACACCGUCCGCAAGGCCAGCCUGCAGGAGGUCCUGUCCUCCAGCGCCUACCUGCUGUUCUACGAGCGCGUUCUUUCCAAGAUGCACCAGAGCCGGGAGUACAAGUCUGAAGAGUGACUGAGCCGGCCCCAGAGCGAGACCUGAUGGCACUGUCCACGCCGUCAGGAGAAAGACGAAGCCAGGCCGCGGGUGUGCAGGCAGCCCCGCGAGAGUCCCCGCCUCCUGGUGUGUUCUGAGAGCAGUUCCCCCGGGGAGCAGGUGGCCCCAACACAAACCAAACCGCCCGGAGCCGCUCGCUAGGGCGCACCGCAAGGUGUCCUCGUCGUGUUAGCAGAGCACUCGUAUGUCUAGAGCACCUUUUUGCUCACCUGAUACAGGUGAUUAAAAGAAAUCAGACUCCGGGAGACAUCGUUUUUAUAUCCUGAUAUGCUAGGUGUUCGCAGACGGGCGUUAACUUUGUCACGUCCUCUGAUGUCUCAGCACAGAUCUUUUAUUUUUAAUAAGCAGGCCCAUCUGAAAAUUGUUGACAAGAGUUAGUGAAAUUAUUGAAGGCAACAAUUUAGAAGAAAAAGUGCCUUUCACUUCCGGUUGCUUUUGUAGCAUGUCCAUUCUGGAAAACGCACUUGCUCUAAGAGCCGCAGCAACACUUUCUGAAAAGCUCUCUUCCAGGUUUCUCAGUGGCUGGCUGAAGGACAGGUGACGGAUGCCUACAGAACACCUGCCUUUCCUUUUUGUACGUCUUUUUCUAGCCUUCCGACCCUUUCUAUCCAGUGAAAGCUCAUCUGCCAAAUCUGCCCCUCGGGGAACCCGUUCACGACCGCGUCGGUGCUAGUGACCGGCUCACUUGUUGCUUUUACCUUCAGUAUGGGACUGGGUGGGUUAUACACCCACCUGAACAGCCAGAACUGAGCGGCAUCGGCUCACCUGCGACCCCUCUGCUCUGUAGAAGAACCUUUCUCACAUAGAGACCCAGCUGGACGGUUAUUCUCAUCCAUUUAUUUAUUGCUCGUGUGGAGCUCGUAAGACUUACAGGUGGGGCCGGGGCUGCGUAAGAAGACAGCCCUGCCUGGAUCUGAGAGCCUGAUCCGGAAGGAAAGGCACUGACCCCGGGCUGCAGUCUCCAUGGACCUGUUUCCGCAUCAUAAAGUGAAGGGUUAGGUUCAGUGACCAUCCAAGGCCAGGCUUUUCCACAAAAAGAUGUCCAAGUUAUUUUUUAAACAUAGAACUCAGCUGACACCUAGUAUUGUCAUUCUGUUAUAGGUCCAUAUUCUAAAUGUAUUUGUUCCCAGCAGCCUAAUUCAGAGAGACUGCGGUGAGCAUUCUCUUCCCUCUUCAGGUAAGCCUCACGAACACAGACCAGGGCCGAAGGCAUUUUGAUGACACGGGAGCGUCUGUGUUUUAGCUAGAUUUUUUUUUGUAUUAAAAAAAAAAGAAAAAGGAUACCAAAUUCGUAUGGACUCUUCAGAGAGAAGAUUUGGAAUCAGACCCACCCACAAGGCCACCUGAGGUAAGUCUAGGACCUGCACUUCCUCUGGUGGGGGCGAGCAGGCGGACACUUCUAGACGAUGCCUCGGUGUCAGCUAAAAGCUCAAGAGGCCACGCUCCCGCCAGGCCCAGCUCGCAUCCUGAGGACGCAGACUCUCAUCACGGAUAGAACAUACUGUGAAGGUUCUCCAGGUCAUGGCCGGCGGGGUGAGGGGAGCAGCUGGAAGCGUUGGGUCCAUCCAUUCACUGCUGCUCCCUCCUGAUUCCGUGGCAGACCCUGGCUUUGAUGUUGAAACGAGCGUACCUACCUGUGUUACCCGAGGCUGGUGGAACAGAUACCCAGUCGUGUGACCUUAAACUGCACUGCAAACCUGUAGCUUUGAGUAACUGCUGCUCUGCCACUGCUCCUCUUUGAAACCUGCCGUUAAAGAGAGAUGCCGGGCACGGAAGGGCUGAUCCUUUGAACACGUUGUAAGCAGAUUGUUGGUCAGAGGCCUGGGUGGGAGCCAAGGUUGUAAAAUGAUACUGUGCAGAGUCUCUUAACUCGACUUAAAGCUGACUUCCUCAUUUUGUAAAUUAUCAGGCAUUACGUAGUGGCCAAAUAAUCUUAUUUCUAGUUUUAAGUUAUUUACAAAACAGCUUCUUUUUGCAAAAACCUAAGUUAAAGUAGUAGUUUAUGCCAUAAUAACUGCUGAUUUAUGUACUUGCUAAAGGUACCUUUUGUAUCUGCUGUGUAUUAUAGCAAUAAAAAUCAUUUUCAGGAAAAAA